GAAACUACACGAAACAUCGUUGGUACACGAAAAGUCAUUCGACUUUGCUUUCAUCUCUAUUUAUUUUCUUUCCAUUUGAUUAUUCCGAUCACACUCGCCCAACAUGUCGAAGAAAUUUGAUCCCGAGACGGCCGAGAACUUCGAGGAUAUGGAGAAGCAGUUCGCGGUUAAGGCCGUCGAACAUCUGAUGACCUAUUGGUCGAUUCUCGAGAAGGUCCCAGGCUCGCAGCUUCGGUUGACAAGGAUGGAUAACGAGAUCUACGAGAGCUUCAUGAAAGAAUUCCCCGACUUCGACCCUGCCGCGACCAUCAACGAGGACGAAAUGAAGAGCAAGGCGGGCAAGGAGAAGUGGCGCAACUGGAUGAAGCAGUACGAGAAAACGGUGGACGACUACAACUUCGGCACUAUGCUGCGCUCGAACCCUAAGUCUGAAUACGACCAGGAAACUACAAUCUUUGCCGUGCGCAUGCAGUUCUAUGCCGUUGAAAUCGCCAGAAACCGUGCCGGUCUUAAUGACUGGAUCUAUGAGCGGGCCCAGAAGGCAAAGUCCAGCUCUGUACAUACAUUACAUGCGGUUGUGGAUGUCGGUAGCCAUGGAAUAUUAACCUACAUCAUGACAGGUAUCCUGAUCCAGUUCAAACGCUGCUUGGGGUGGAAGCCGAGUUGGCUGUCGCUCUUCAGCUUCACCACUAAAAAACACAUUCCAACUCUUUGCUUUGCCAUUCUUUUCGCAUCAUUAGCCAGUGCUAGCUCUCCAGUUUUUGCUACACUCCUUGGGGAGGCAUUCAACUCUUUAGCGUUGUUUGGUAGUGAUCAAAUAUCUGCCCAGGAACUAAUUCAAAAGACAAAAACAAGCUGUAUCAAGCUGGCAUGCUUAGGCGUCUAUAGUUGGGUUUGCAGCAGCAUCUAUUUCAUUCUUUUUGUGGUAUUCGGAGAACUGCAAGUCGCCAAUGCACGCAGAACCCUCUUCAAUGGGCUUUUGCAGAAAGAUCAGGAGUGGUUCGAAACACAACCAGAUGGAGCCCGAACAUUCUUAUCUUGUCUUCAAGCCCAAAUCUAUGAGUUACAGAAAUCGACGUCCCAGCCUUUGGGAUUGCUAUUGCAGUAUAGCUUCCGAGCCAUUGGCUCGCUGGCUCUGGCGUUCUACACUUCCUGGAACCUUUCUCUGGUCACGCUAGCAGGGAUCCCGGUUUUCUCUGCCAUGGCUUCGUUUAUCUCUUCCAAGAUGAAGUUAAAUAUUGAUGCACAGCAGGCUGCGUUGGCAGGCGCUUCAAAGGUUGUCAACAGCACCACCACUUCGAUUGAUACUGUCAAGUGCCUGAACGGGGAAGCCUUCGAGCUUCGCAAUUUCUCGAGCAGGAUUGACGAGGCUGCGUCGCAGUUUCUUAAGCAGGCGCGGUUGAAUUCCAUUCAGAUAGCGCUCAUUCGAUUGAUGACGUAUGGUAUGUUUGUUCAGGGUUUCUGGUACGGCAGCUCUUUGGCAUCGUCUGGACGGCUCUCACCCGGUGACGUUCUGAGGACAUUCUGGGCUUGUCUCACCGCGGCACAGUCUAUCGAAUUUAUCAUGACUCAAGUAAUUGUCUUGAAUAAAGGUGCGGUUGCAGCUUCCGCAUUGAAAAAGACGUUGAAUCAGCAGACCAAGGAUGGCUGCCCGAAGGAAAUGGAAGGAGCAGUAUAUCCCCGUCAUUGCGAUGGUGAUAUUGAAGUGAGCGAUCUGUCUUUCGCAUACUCGUCUCAGCCCGAGAGGCUCAGCUUGAACUCGGCAAGUUUCUUCUUCCCAGCGGGGGAGACAACUUUCGUCAUCGGAAAGAGUGGAUCUGGGAAAAGUACCCUGGGGCAACUACUCACUCGAAUAUACUCGCCAACCUCCGGUGAAAUUCUCAUAGACGGCACACCCAUACAAACUUUGAGCAAGAACUGGAUCCGGAAUAAUGUCACCCUGGUAGAACAACGGAGCAUUCUCUUCAACGAAUCGAUCUUCAUGAACAUUGCAUUUGGGCGACACGACUAUGAUCAGAUCCGAAAAGAAGACGUUCAGGAAUGCAUUGAUCUGGCGAUGCUACAAAGCGUAAUCGCCCACAUGCCCAACGGUAUUGACACGUGUGUGGGUUAUGGCGGUAGUUUUCUAAGUGGCGGCCAGAGACAAAGGGUUGCAAUCGCCAGGGCUAGGUUAAGAGAUACACCAGUCUUGAUUUUAGAUGAGCCUACAAGCGCUCUAGACGGGGCGAAUCGUCAUGAAGUGAUCCGAGCAAUUCGAGAGUGGCGUAAAGGAAAAACAACCAUCAUCAUAACGCACGACAUGUCGCACAUCUUGGACAGAGAUUUUGUGUAUGUCCUGGACCAAGGCUCAGUUGUACAAGCUGGGUAUAGAUAUGAACUUGAGAAAGUCCUAGGAAAUGAGGAUUUCUUUCCUUCCAAUGAGGGAAGCAACCUAUUGGAUGGCUCUGAUGGCGACAGAAUUCACAGCAUACUCUCAGAGACCACCCUGGUUAAUUCGGCUGACAUGCCGGUUGAUAAAAACCGACGUAUAUCCUCCGUGCUUAUGGGCCUAAGGCCCGAGUCCUUUCACAAUGAAAAGCUCCAAACAAGAUCCCGGCUUUCAAUCGUGCCCACACCUCAAGAAACCUUGCAAGAUGGAGUGCAGCUGGUCGAAUUUGAUCCUGAACGGGAGGGAGCAAAGACUAGGCCAACUCACUCUCACAAAUUACCAAACAAAAGAAAGGACCGACGACAAAUGAAGUCUCUAUUCCACAUAAUGCUUACGAUCGUACCUAAUCUUACUAUCGGGCAACGUGUUCUUUUACUCCUUGGGGUUCUGUUUACUCUUUGCCACUCCAGCACCACCCCGAUAUUCGCCUACUUCUUAUCGAAACUACAAGUAACGUUUUUUAACAAGGCGAGUGCGCUGAAAUGGGCCCUGGCUGUUUUGGGGGUCUCGAUAUCUGACGGAAUGGUGUCGUUCUUCAUGCAUUAUCUCCUCAAUCUUUGUAGCCAAGAUUGGGUGGAUUGCCUCCGAAAAAGAGCCUUACGCCGAGUUCUCGACCAGCCCAAGCGAUGGUUCGAAGAGGAGGGAAACAGUCCAUCACAUCUGACCGCUUGCCUUGCCCGAGAUGGCGAAGAAAUGCGAGAGAUACUUAGCCGCUUCGGUGGUUACGCUUUGGUUGCAGCUUCAAUCGCCGUGAUAGCGACCUCAUGGAGCUUGGCUGUUUGCUGGAAGCUGACUCUGGUUGCGCUUUCCAUUGGGCCUGUGGUAUACGCAAUCACAAGAGGUUUUGAACGGACCAGCGGACUGUGGGAUAGACGCUGUAACGAGGCCAGGGGUGCAGCGUCGGAGGUAUUCGUUGAGACGUUCUCGGAGAUACGCACAGUACGUACCCUGACACUAGAGCCGUUCUUCCAGGGCAAACAUACGAAAGCCUUGUUAAAAUGCCUCACAACGGGGUUACGGAAGGCAGGCUACACAGGGUUUCUCUUUGGACUGGUCGAGUCUACUAUCGUCUUCGUGAGCGCACUGAUCAUCUACUACGGAGGACUUCUGGUGUCGGUUCUAGAAUACACCGUAGAGGAUAUCAUGACAGUCCUCUCGAUGCUGUUAUUCAGCAUUGGAUACGCAAGUGUAGUACUUUCUUGGAUCCCACAAAUCAGUGCAUCGCGCGAGAGGGGGUCUAGGCUCUUGCAGCUUGCGAAUCUUGCCGCGGGGGCCUCGCAUGAGCACCUGGGAUGCUUGCGUGUCGCAACGCCAACACCGAUAAAGAUCACCAGGUUGAGUUUCCAGUACCCGUCUCGUCCGAAUGCAUCUGUCUUGAAAGAUGUUUCCUUCACUAUCCCCGGCAACUCAUGUACAGCAGUCGUGGGACGCUCUGGGUCAGGAAAGUCGACCAUAGCCUCGCUGCUACUAGCCCUGUACGAAACGCCUGCUUCGGAUAGUACACCAGCCAUUUCACUUGGAGGCGUUGAUAUACGCAAGUUACAUGCGCCAACCCUUCGCUCCGUUGUGGCGAUCGUCUCACAGCAACCUACGAUAUUCCCGGGCACCAUCGAAGCUAAUAUUAACUAUGGGCUGGAAGGACCCCUUCGGGAUCCGCGCAACGUCCGCGAUGCAGCAAAGGCAGCGGGGAUUGAUGAGUUCGUAUCAUCCCUCCCGCAAGGCUACUCUACCGUUAUUGGAGAUGGCGGAGUUGGAUUAUCCGGCGGGCAAGCGCAGCGAGUGGUGAUUGCGCGGGCACUUGUCCGUCGACCCCAGAUUUUAAUUUUAGAUGAAGCUACAUCGGCCCUUGAUCCGGCCAGCGCUGAAAUCAUCCGACAUACUGUGCAGAGGCUAGUGACAUCGCAGGUAGGGCUGACAGUGGUCAUCAUCACCCACGCAAAGGGCCUCAUGGAGAUCGCAGAUAAUGUGGUUGUUCUGGAGCAUGGGCGUGUUGUUGAGAGCGGGCCAUACAAAACGCUGGCAAAACGGCCUCAUCUGCAAGCAUUGAUAAACGAUCAACAUAGGACAUAG